AUGAUUUUCACAGUUUAUUUCUGACUACACUAUCCACUUCCUCGAAAGACCAUGGAUGCGAGCUCAAUACCACAGAUUAAUAUAGUGGACUAUGAUGGCCUUGAGGUUGCCCCAGAUGAUCACCUGAAAAACUUGAAAGCACUGACUGAGAAGCUAAGACUUGAAACCAGAAGGCCUUCUUAUCUUGAGUGGAUGGCACGAGUAGAAGCUCAAAGCUCAAAAGACUUAGUGGUUUCAGAGGGAUCAUCAGAGGAGGAGAAAUGGACCAAGCUGAAGCCUAGUGGAACACCUCAGAAGAAUAUCCAGAAUUCUGAAGUGAAUGAAGGAAAUAAAUCCAGCUCUACAAGCCUGGGAAGAUUUGGAAAUAUUGACGAAGCUCUUGUUUGGCUUAGAAAAGAACUGAAGGAGAUGCGCUUUCAAGACCAGCAGCUGGCCCGGCAGCUCAUGCAAAUACGUGGUGAGAUCCACAAACUCAAAGUCGAGCAAACAUGUCACUUGCAUCGCCGAAUGCUUAACGAUGCCACAUUUGGCCUGGAGGAGCGCGACGAACUGUCGGAUCUUCUGUGUGAUGGACCCGUCUCUCCGGGAUUUGGCCUUUCUUCACCACUGCGUCUCAUUGGUGUCACAAAGAUGAACAUCAACUCGAGACGUUUCUCCCUUUGCUAGCCAAAACCAGAGUGAAGACCAAUAUGAAGUUGUAACAAGGCUAUAAAUAUUUAAAAAGCAAGAUGAAGGCAAUUUAAUGACUGACUCAAUUGCAAAAACGAGAAAGUGUGAUGCAAAAUCUACUACUUGCGUAGAAGAAAGGUUCUUCGAUGGACAAGUAGUUCAUUGAAACUCAUAGAACAUGACCUGUAACAGAACAUCCCGUGCCUCUAUCUCCAUGUACUUGUGCCAAUGAAACCACAUUGACUGACCAAAUGAACAAUUGACAAUGACUUUUAAUAAAUGGUUCACCCAUUAGCCAUAUCUCCAUGCCUUCGAGACAAUCCUUGCUGGUGUCAUGAGAUUUCAGCAAGUCAGUUUGUUGCUUACAACACACAGCCUUAAUUCAGUUUUAUUUAUGUACAGUAUGAGUUUAGAGAAUGGUCUAUCUGUCACAAGCACUUUAAUAUGUACUUGUUUGAACUCCAGCUUAAGACUUUUUAUCUUCACAAUUUUCUGUUUUAUAUGGACAAAUGCCCCCAUACCUUGUAAGAAUGACUCAAUUAGUAGUGGAUAGAUAUAGUAUUUAAUCUUGUGUAAAAUGGUUAAUAUCUGUGGUUAACUGCAAAUAUUUCUUGAGUUGUUCUGGCAGUAUGGAAUGAGAC